AUGGUUGAAAACAUGAGAAAAUUCCCCACAGUCAUUUUAAGGAGGCUUACAAUGAUCACAUGGAUGUUACUGUUCUCACUGUUAUCUGAGAGUACACAAGAUGGAAAUACAAGACAUAAUGGUGUCUUCCAUUGUGAACCUCAGAAUAUGAGGCUAACCACCCCUGACCAGAAGAUCCUGUUAACAUGGGGAGACGACCCUGAAUGCUUAGGAGUACCUGACGUGCUGAUGUAUGAGCUGGUGGUGCUCAUAGCAGAGGAGCAAGUACAUAAUGAUCAAGUUGCUGUAACACCUGGCCAAAUAGGAUUUAAUCACUCCUGGAACUGGACAUCUGAUUUGCCAUUGAAGUAUGCCUCCCAUUCAGUCAGGCUCAGAUCCCGAUACAAAAACUAUACAAGCGAAUGGAAACAGGAACAGACAGCUACAGGGACAAAUAUCCCUGAAAGUAUAAAGGUUUUUCCACGAGACAGGCUGUUUAAGGUUGGGAACAGAGUCACCUUCUACUGUGUUCUGCCGGUGGGGUAUAGUUUUGAGAAAAUGUAUCUAAGUCGUAAUUCUGGCACUAACAUGACAAACACCAUGAUCAACAAUCACACAUACGCCUUGACUGUCAACCUGAGCAAGCCACCGAAAACAAGCUGCACUGAUGUAAAAUGUCAAGCACGGACAAAUGACAAUAAAACAGAUGAUCAUGGGGCUUGUGCUUAUAUUGGCUACAUACCCGGUGAUAACAAUCUUAGCUGUGAAACCCGUGAUCUGCAGUCAGUUGAAUGCCUGUGGAAUGUGGGAAAAGACACACACCUUGGCAACAAGAGUCCAACUGCUUAUCAUCUACUUGGAAGGAAAUGUGCAGAUGGGUCUAAGGGGAGAUGCUCUCAAAAAGUACAAGUUAGUGUUGGUGAGAGGAACUGGACUUUAACCGCACAAAAUCAUCUUGGCACAGUGGAGCUCACACACAGGGUAGACCUGACUAAAAGAGUGCACAUGUUUGCUCCAGAGAGAGUGAACACUUCAGUUGUGAAUUCCAGAAAUGUCAGUCUGGAGUGGGGAUGGAAGGUUCAACAAUACAGUAAUCUCAAUAUAACAUGCCAAGUAAACGUUAGCAGUGGUGAAAUAAAUACCAUAAGUGGAAUCGGCCUCAAUUUUGCAGUUUUGGAUGACUUGAUACCAUAUUGGACGUACACAGUGGUGGUACGAUGUAGAACAAGUCAACAUUCCUGGAAAUGGAGUGAGUGGAGCUCAAAUAUCACGUUCCAUACAAAGACUGACGUUCCAGAUGCUCUUGAUGUGUGGAUGCAUAUCAUGGAUAACCAAAUCAUAAUCACUUGGAAAAUGCUACAGGCCAACCAGAGCCAUGGACACAUUAUAAAUCAUGAAGUAACAUGGGCACACACCAAGACCCCAGAGAGAAAAAACAGAACCAAAGUGGAUCUCCCCAAGGACAGUCUUGCACUCAGUCUGAACACCAAAGAAGAGUAUAUCAUCGGUGUUACAGCUAGGAAUAAAAAUUUUAGCUCUCCCACAUCAACCAUCACUAUCCCCACCGUCAAUCCAGCAAACAGAGUGAACACUUCUAGGAUCCUUGGCAGUGAUAGUGGUUUCAACCUUUCCUGGUCAGCCAGUCCUACAGCCAGCUGUGGCUACAUAGUGGACUGGUGUCCUCUCUCAGGAGAGUGCAGAGUGGAGUGGCUCAAAGUCCCUCCCAGUGAAACUAGUGUCAAUAUAUUUUCAAAAAACUUCAAAGAUGGAGUGUGCUACUUGUUGUCCAUAUAUGCCUGCACCCAGGGAGCUCCAGUGCUGCUAGAAAGAAAAGAAGGCUAUGUCAGAGAGAAAAGAAUACCAAAAGACCUUUUUAAACCAUUGAUUUGGACACAGGUUGGUUCAGAUGUUGAGAUUUCCUGGAAUCCUAUACCUCUAAGAGAACAGACCGCUUUCAUAACGGGCUAUAUUCUGCAUUGUUUGGACAACAUGGGCAUCUGUAACAGGACAGAUGACCCUGAGGCCACCAGCCUGACAGCAAGGAACCUUAAAUACACUUCCUACAAAUUCAUGGUGAAGGCACAGACAGCGUUUGGAGAAUGUGGGGAUACAACCAUUACUGCCAUCUUGAAUUCACAAACUGAUUACUUGAUUGAGAUUGUCAUAAUAGCCUUGGUCGCAGUUUUUGGUCUCCUUUCCGUCAAUACUAUACUUUGCUUCAGACACUGGACAUGUAUCAAACAAAAAGUCUAUCCUCCAAUCCCAAAGCCAGUGCUGACAGACAAGUGGUUGGCAUCACUGGGUAAAAAGAGUUGCCAUCCUCUUCGUGUGGAUUUGUGUCACCACAGUGAAGUACAAAUCAUGGGCUUUCCAGAGCUGCGCUGUAAAUCAGAUGCACCAAUGAAUGGCCAUGUUUUUACACAAACUCCAAAGGGUUACUACAACCAGCCCCUGAAGAGGAAUAGCAGCACACCACCCCUCAUUUUGCCCACUACCACCAACUGGUCAGGUUUACCAUCUUCUCCAUUCAAAAGUGUAUUUAGUAACCCUUCAUAUGACCUGAUAAUGCAGUCUGUAGAUCAUCAGACCAACUCAGGACCUGAUUUUCAUGAGGGGAGGCCUUUAGAGAGAUGCUCCAGUGGAUACCAACCUCAGAGUCUGAUGAACCAGCUUCAAGAGAAUCCAGAGACUCUGUUCUGUGACCCCACUUACAUUUUGUUACCACAUUCAUCCAAAUAGUUGCUGCAUGCACACCUUAUAGUAUGUCAUAACUGGGAAGGCAGAUGUAAUAAUGUUGCCAGAAACAGAAAUUUGAUGUGAAAUAAUGUUAUGUUACACCUGAGAGUGUUAUGUCAAGCAUAUUAUUAUCUAUGAAAGGCAA